GGUAAAAUGGAUCAAAAUUAGAUUUAUCUAUGUUCAACUACUUCUUUAAAUAAUAUACUCCGGAAAAGACGUGUCGAUCAAAUUGUUAAGCGUGAACUCUGACUCCUUUAUCGUUCAAAUUUCAUUACUAUAUUUGAACGACCAAAACACCACAACUUUAAUCGCUGUUACAUCAUGGACUUGAAGCUACUCCUAAUCACCGCUCUCUGGACACUUUGUGUAAAAUCCCAGCAAAACGAUGACCAACUUACCGAAGUCGCAAACUUGAAGUUCGAAAUCCGAGAAACCCUCGUCGAGACGAAGAACCGCUUGGAAAAAUUCGAGCUCAAGAUGACUCAAGUUCAAAGGUACCUAGACAAACUGUUGGCUCUUCACGAGGUGAUAACGGAAGAAGACUUUUCAGAACCAGUGGAACCCAAUGACCUCGCAAAAAUCGCACAAGUGGUCGAGAAGACAAUCGUUUCAGACAAAUCGUGCGAAAUCGAAGAAUUGGAACGACUAAAAGACGAUUUGAUAAGUGCAAUUGACAGAAACACAUUGUCUACCGACGUGGUGGACAAUGGAAAACGUCGUCGGAAGCAGGUAAUCCAGGAGAACGAAGCACUCAUAGUUUUGCCCGACGAUGAAGAGUUUGUCGAGGGUUGUAAAGACCUUUUCGACCAAGGGAGCGUCAACAGUGGACUCUAUAUCAUACAACCAUCUCGAGCCCGUGAACCGUUUACGGUUCUGUGCGACAUGGACACACAAGGUGGUGGCUGGGUCCACUUCAUGAGACGGUUCAACGGUUCCCAAAAUUUUUACUUAAACUGGACUGACUACAGGAAUGGUUUUGGUGAGCUAGAUAGAGAGUUCUGGUUGGGUUUGGAGCAUCUGUACGAGUUCACAGGUGACGUUCCCAAAGAACUCCUAUUUGUGUUUAUUUACGAAAAUAAAACCGACUAUUCCCAUUUCAAAAAAUUCAGCAUCGGAAGCGAGGGAGAGAGCUAUGCUGUAAGGUCAGUCGAAAAUUAUAGCGAAGAUGGUGAACAAACCGUCACGACUGACCUGAACUGGAAAUUUAGCACGUUAGAUAGACAGGGUGUUUAUGGAAGCUGCGCCAAGACUUAUCGUGGACCUUGGUGGUAUGGACCUCGGUGUUUCUUUUUCGAACUCACUUACUCAAAUUUCCACGAGUUCAAGGCUGGUUUGAAGGAAGUCAAGAUGUUGGUUAAGGCAUAGUUGGUUCUGUAUUUGGUCGUAAAUAAAUGUUGGAAAAAUA